AUGCAUCCCUUCCAGACCCUCUCUCUGGCCGCCCUCGCCGCUACCCUCGCCCUCGCCGCAGACCCGGUCCCAACCCAGACCCCCCUCCCAACCGUCCACAUCGGCACCAUCCAAACCUGCGGCACCAACAAAUACGGCCCCGACUACCUCAUCUGGCUCGACAGCCAGUCGCCCUGCAAUGGAACCGAUCUCGGCAUCGUCAACUCCUACCGCGAUUACGGGCUUUGCGAACUCACGGCCCCGAUCCCGGGCUACCCGAAUUUGAUGUUCUCUGGCUGCACCGAGCGGGUCACUCCCUAUGGCCAGGCUGGAGCACCUGCAUCCAUCUCUGAGAAUGGAAAUGUUGUGAUGCAAUGCCAGCAGGUGGGACCGAGGCAGACGGAGUGCCCGUCGCCCUGUGGUGGUGGGCAGAGCGUGCAGGUCACUGCCAACUAUACUUGCUCUGCUGUGCAGAACUCUUAG